AUGGAUCCUCAAGUAAAAGGAGCCUUGAUCGGAGGUCUUGGCACUGCUUCAGCUCUCGGACUUACAUAUUUCAUUAGGAAAUCAUUUAGCGCAAACAGCGUUACUGAUAAGUAGGAUACGAGACAAGACACAACGUCUUCUUAGCCAUAAGCAACACCCCAUCAUCAUAAAAAGGGUAAAAAUGAGCUAGACAAUGAAGCUGACGAUUAUAUCGUGCUCCUUGGAGAUGUCGGUGGUACAAAUAUAAGACUUAUUCUCAGCCAUAUCUACUUAAGUGACAGAGAUCACAGAGUAACUAUUAAAGAGUAGACUGUCGAUUCUAGAACUGUUUAGAGUUUUGAAGAGGCUGUAAAGAACUUUUUAAAGGAAUUCGAGGAUUCAAACUAAUGGCCAUCAGUUGGAGUAGUUGGUAUUGCUGGUCCAGUUGAUAACAAUGUUUGUGAAGUUACAAAUUGCACUCACUGGCCUCCAGUUGAUGGUACUGCUCUUUCUUAAUCCUGUAACAUUCCAAGAUUUAUGCUCUUGAAUGAUUUCGCAGUAGCUGGAUUAGGUAUCUUGAACCUUAAGGAGAUGGAAUAUACAAGACUAACUGAUAGCUUACCAUCUCAUGAAGGAGUAAAGUUAGUCAUUGGUCCUGGCACUGGACUUGGCCAAGGAUUCUUGUGCAAGAGUGAAUUCGCUCCGUAUUAUGAAGUAUUUCCAAGUGAAGGUGGUCACUCUGAAUUUUCAGUUAGAAACAAGGAAGAUUUCGACUUGCUUGAACAUGCUCAUAAAUUUAUUGAGGAGUCAGAUAAUGUUGAAAAUCUUAGAGCGAAGGGCAAGGUUAACAGAAUCUCAAUAGAAAGACUUUGUGCUGGUCCAGCUGUCCCUCUUAUUUACGACUUUAUGAGAUAAAGACACCCUGAACUUAAGAAAGUCCUUGAGGAUGAAGGUAUUAACUUUAACUAAUUAACCUCACAUAACAUCAUCGAUGCUGGAAUCAAGAGAAAAGACCCUCUUUGCCUUAAAGUAGUUGACAAAUUAGCUGAGAUUUUCGGCUGUGAGACAGGCAAUACAGCUUUGAAGCUAUUACCUUACGGGGGUAUCUACUUAAUUGGAGGAGUUACUAACGGUAUUACUGAUUACCUUCUUCAUUCUGAUACAUUCCUUAAUGCAUUCUAUUAAAAAGGAAGAUAAGAAAAGAAACUUAGGAAAAUUCCAAUCUUUAUUGUCAAAGGUGAUCUCUAAGUUGGUCUCAUGGGAGCUGAUGAGCAGGCUAGAAGAUUGAUCUAUAAAUUAAAGCAAGAGUCUAGAUCAAACCAAAUCCUUUGA